UUAAUUUCUUCUGAUCCCUUCAUCUUUUUUCUUACUUGCCUCUGUCUUAGUUUAACCCUUUCUUCUUCGUUCUUCAUUAUUGUCUCCUUUUUCUUUCCUCAUUUCCCACAUCUUUUACCUCUUUCUUUUAUUGAUUUUCUUUUAAUCCGUUCACCUUCUUAUUUUUUACUUUAUGUUUUUCGUUUUUCCCCUUUUCUUUCAUCUUAAUUUCUAAUGGGUGGGGGCUUCUUAGAUUUUGCCAUUGUUGCUUCAGUUGGUAGAGCCAUUACCACGAUGGAAGCAAACGUUGCUGCUGGUAGUAAUUUUGAUAUUCUUUCUACUGGAUCUCUUGUCUGUCCUCCUUCCACUGUUGUCGGACCCUUUGACUCCUCUAUCCACUUAAAUAGGUGUUUCUUCCUCCAAGUUUAUUAUUUUGAUAUCUUCCAUUUCCCUCGCAUUGGUGAUGAAAGGUUUUUGGUGAUGGGGGCUUCUUGGCAUGUGGAGAGGGACCUCGUGAUUCCUCUUUUUCUGACUAAGGUUCCCAUUAUUUUUCCCUCUCUUUCAAAAGAAGAGAAGGUUGGUUUUGAAUUGGGUUUGGCGAAGGUUUUUAGUAGCAAAGAUAAGGUUUCUUGGGUUACCAGUAAUCGUGAUGUUAAUGAGAUAUGGGAGAUUUAUCACAGGAACCUGAUAGACCUGCAUGUUUUUGCCCCGUAGCAUCCUCUAGGUCACACAGCUUACCAAUGCCUUCCAUCUAACAUGUGUGUUUGUAAGGACCAGUUUGUUUGUGGUUUGUGUUUUCCUCUGCAUCCCUUUAUUACUAAGAUCUAUGAUGAGUUUUCCAUUAGCUUGUGUCAAUUGGCUUCUUGGACUGUUGCCUAUAUUGUUGCUUUUAUUGUGUAGUGUUAUUUGCUUAAAAUUACUCCUACUUGGGAAUUGUUUUGUUUCUUUUUUCAUCUGAAGAUUGCCUAGCCUAUCGGUAGUUGGUACUACUUUUCUCGUAGAGUGUUGGAGUUCCAAGGUGUUGAUGAUAAGAAGCGUCGUCAUGGUAACGUUGUUUUGAUUGACCCUUUGCCUAGUUUUGAUUCUAACAAUUGGCAUAUGAGGUUUUUCUUUCUAAGCACUCCAAAGGAUGUUGAUUUUCUUGCAAUUUGGAGGUUUUUGUGGACCACUAUUGCUAAAGUUCUUCUUUCUGUUGAUGAUUAUAAGGCUAUUAACAAUUUGUUACGAAGCCUUCUAUGAGCUUUGCAAAAUUGAUUACCCAAAGAAACUUGAUUGAUUUUGGUGUUUGGGUUCUCGGCUCUUGUAAUUCUGAUUUUUUGGUUCCCUUGGUUCCCCUUGGUUUCUAAGCUUCUACGAAACCUAAGUAUCCUUUGGAAAGGAAGGUUGGAGAAGGAAGCUUUACUACUGUUUUCGAGCCUUUUCUUAUUAUUGCAGGUGUCUUCAUCUUCCCUCUUUAUUUCUUGCUAGUUUUUGCUUGUUUGUUCUUGCCAUUCAUGUCUUUUGUUGGCAUAGGUGGCAUGGAUACCUUAGUCACUUUAAGUCAAUUUGCUAAGGUUGAGAAGAUUUCGAAAGAAACUAAAGGAGUUGCUUCUUGAAAGGUGUUGUACCUAUGAUUUUGAUGAUUUCAAAAUAGAUUUGAGUGACAAAU